GCCAGUCGCUCACUCUAAACAAGCACUAAGUGAGGCGGGCAGAAAAAGGAAAGCUCGCUGCGUUUCUAACGGGAAAUUCUGACAUAGCUCGAUUCUGAUGGAAGAACUGAUGCUGUGCUGUGUGAUUAGUGCCGAUAAUUAGCGAUUGAAUUCAAGGGGGGAAAAAGAUUGUCCUCGCUUAUAUGUAAUUAACCAUUAUUUUUCACGUCUGAGGUGUCGAGUUAUAUUAUUAGUGAAACUUCUCAUGUAUGAAAUAAACUGUGAAAACCGCUUUCUUCAUCCUGAUAAUAGUACGAACAAAAAUCUGUGGAGUAAGGGAAAUUUUGAAUCUUAUUCGGUGUUUUAAAAAAAUGCAGCCAGUCAGCAAAAUGUAUCCAUAUCGAGAGAUUUUAAUUUGAAGAUUCUACAUUUACAUUUUCCAUAUUUCUUCGAGUGUCAUGAUCCAGAGGUGACAUUACUGAGUGUUUAAUAACGAAAGUUUGAAACAUCUGUGAUCAGUACUAUUAUUUAAAAAAUGUGGAAUCAUCUCAUAAAUAUUUCUUGCACUCCAGAGCAAAAAGAAUAUAAUGUUCUGAAGACAGAUGCAAAUUUAAGGUAGAUAUAAAACCGAUUUAAGAAUCCGCCGAAAGAUAUGGAUGACGCAGAUAGUGCAGAAACAGUAAGUAGUAGUCGAGCGGGGUCUGCUAACAGCGGUAGAGGAUCUUCGUCUCCUCCUAUUAACAAUCAUCAUUUAUAUAGCAACCCCAGUUCGAACAAUAAUAAUAAUAAUCCCUCUCCAACUCCGCUGCAUUCGCCUUUGGUGACCAAACCGCGGCUAUCUUUCAGCAUUUCUAGGUUGCUAGGCGAUGAACAGAAACAAAAUAGUAUACCAUCACCUUUAUCAGAAGGCUAUGAAGAUGGGCCAGAAGACCACGGGCAUGCUGCUAACAAUAGUCACCACCAACAACAGAUGGCCGCGAUGGACGCAAUGACCGCCGUUGCUAAUUCUUGUGCUGCUGCAGUAGCUAACGGCUUGCCGCCAUCACUUCUGGCCGAAAUGAAAGCCUCCGUUCCCGGGAUGAUGACCGCAUUUGAUACUCUUCAUAGGGCACCUAACGGAUCGGUCAUUAGAGUACCAGCCCAUAGGCCAGCCCCUAUGCCUUACGCCACGGCUGCUGGAUUCCCGUGGAUGGGUCCCGGAGGUCCCACGCUUGUCAAAGACAGACUCCAUGUGCCUUUUUCUCUUCCUCCAGGUCUUCCCCCUGUGGCUCCAAGGAGGAUCGGGCACCCGUACCAGAACAGAACGCCCCCAAAACGUAAAAAACCGAGGACUUCUUUCACGCGAAUGCAAAUAUGCGAGCUUGAAAAGCGAUUUCAUAAGCAAAAGUACCUAGCUUCUGCAGAAAGAGCUGCCCUGGCCAAACAACUCAAAAUGACCGAUGCCCAAGUCAAGACAUGGUUUCAGAACAGGAGAACAAAAUGGCGAAGACAAACAGCCGAAGAGCGGGAAGCAGAGAGGCAGGCUGCGAAUCGUUUGAUGAUGUCUUUACAUGCAGAAGUCGUAAGCAAAUCCAUGUAUGAACCAACGAGGGACCCUUUAUGUUUGAGCAACGCAUCGCUGCAUGCACUCCAAAAUCUUCAGCCUUGGUCUGCCGAGAACUCAGCGGCAGCUCACGCCGCGGCAUCCCAUCACCAUCAGCAGUCGGAGAGACCGCCGUACCUACAGCCGCCAACUUCCUUGACAGCACCCAUUUGUUGAAACAGACGUCGCCGGCUUUCUAAGCCUAACGUGGCUUCCUCUUACCUUAAUAGACCACCUCAUCUCUGAUAAAAUACGAUUUUCUAGGCCAUAUGUGUGUGAUAGCAAGCCUAAAAUUAGGCUUGUUUCUAGUGAUUCAUUUCCACAAUGAUUGUUAAUCACUUGUGAAAGAGCUUCACUGAAGAAUAAUCAGUUCAACUAAAGCGAAGUGAACUUUAAUAUAUAAGAUUAUCUCAAAUUGGUCGCACUCAGUUUAAUUAUGCAUGAAAUAGGUUUUUACAUCACGAAUGAGGAUUCAAAAGCUAAUAUUUGUUCCAAAUAAUUCAUUUCUAACUCUAGAAAGCAUAAUUUAUUGAAUGCAUGAAGUAUUUUUUGUUUGAUUAUAUCAUUAUAAUCAAAUAUUUAAUAUGAAGUUAAUUAUAUAAAUUUUUUCGUGAGAGCUGACUCAUCAUAGAUUGUGUAGUCUUUUAAGUGUUCACACUUCAAGGAGGGUUAGAUUAGUUUGGAGAGGUAAGUAAUAAGUUUUUUACAACAUAUUAGAGGCAAACAAUGAGAGAAAUGCUACCUGGAGAUGCAUAGGAUGUUCAGGCAACUGAAGUAAGUGAAUAUCUAAUAAACUCAAUGGCUAUGGCAAAUAUAAACCUCAUAAUCUGAAUUUCACAAACUUAAUGCCAUUUAACUCAUGAUCAUGAACUCGAAACAUGUUGUUAAAAGCUGCAAUCAAUAUUCUUCUCUGUGGUUAAACUUUAGGAUCUUACUGAAUUGAGGUUUAGAGGACAUGAACACCAGGAAACUUUAUACCCCAGACUAAAUGUUCUGGUUUUACUUGACUCUGAUAGACCAUGAAUUGGCUUCUUAUAUUCUUAAUAACUGCAGAAUGGGAAAAUGAAGCCUUAUGUAAACCUUCGAUUGCAACUGGCUUGCAUUACACUUUCGCCAAGAUUUUAUUCGAUAUAGAUGAGUAUAAUUUUAUUUGAUACUUAUAUCUUACAUCAAAAAAUAUUUUAAAUAUUCUACUAAAGACUGGAAGAAAGUGUUUAAAAUAAAAUUUAUUUCAAUCUUCAUUUGAUGAAAUAUCUGCAUAAAUUAUGAGUUAUUUAUGUUUGCAAUACUACUAAUAAAAUAAAUAUGAAUAACAAAAUCCAGUUCCGAAUACAAAAAUCGUUUCGAAGAGGUAAGUAAUUUGCUUCUAGAAUUCCUGUCUUUAAAUGUUCACUUUGUGUUUUGAAGAGUUAUGCAUAAGCAUUUCGAGGUGCAAGUAAAUAAAUGAAUAAAUAAAUAUUUUUAAAUUCCAAAAUUAUAAAUUUAAAUAUUUUUUUAAUUUCAGCCGUUGUUGAAAAUUACACAUUUUAUACCUUUCUGUUACAACAUUCUUCCAAUCAAUUUUAGCAAACGCUAAAUGAAUUCAGGGCUUAUGUUUCGGUGAAUAUGAGUAAGUUUAACUUCCAAUUGACGAAAAGUAAAUUUUUAGAAAUGUCAUUUAACUCUUCAGAACAACAAAUUAUGGAGAAGAGAAUGAAAAAUUUUCAUUUAUUCAUUAUUGGUCGAUACCUAGAGGAUUCUGGAGGUGAGUUUUAUGUGCAUGUGACAGGCCCAUAUAUUUACUCUUAUUUUUAAUAUACUUAAAUUUGCUUUUUUAAAUUUUAAAGCAAAAAUUUUCAGAGUCAUUCUAUCAGUCUUUUAACAAAGCAUUUUACAAUUUUCAACUUUUAUUAUUGAAAAAUAAGUUUAAAAAUAUAUUAGUUUGUUGCAGAUUUAUAUUUAACAACAGAAGAGUAAAUAUUUAGUUAAUUGCUCCACCCCCCGAUGAAAACCCUUAUUUCUAAUUACUGGUUCUUUAACGCUUAGUUGUGCAGUCGAGUUUCCACAAAUUCUAAGAUUUUACAUUUGUAGAAUGUUAUCAAUUUACGGAUAAUUCACCUGAAUUAAAAUUGGAAUACUGUAACAAACCGUUUUAAUCCAGGCAACUGUAUGAAAAUUCGGAAAGUUGGCAAAAACUUUGAUUUAGUUAUAUCGAAAUCAGCGUUAAUAGUUCUUCUAAACUAAGAUAACAUUGGUAAUAAUGACAUCAGUAUUGCAAUACCACUCUUUCGUCUUUAUUUUCUCUUUUCUGCUUCUUGUCUUUCUUUCAGGCAAACCUUUUCUUUGGAAAAUCUUUAGCAUUUCCCAAAACAUGCUUUGCUUGAAAGAUGUUAUUGAUAAACGGCAGUUCAUUGUUAAACAAUAAAAGUUUAUAUUAACUAGGAUUUAUAGAUGAAAUGGGAUAAAUUUUACUCUUCUGGUGUUAAAAGUAUCAACAUAACAUGUAAUACAAGCAAUAUCCCUUUCAUAUUUUUCAACUAAUUCAAAUGUAAAGAAUUUGAAAAAUGUUUAUUGGUAUAGCGCUUGUAAAUAUUUUCAAUUUGGCUUGUGGUAAUCCGAUGAUACUAUGUUACUAUAGUAAUAGCCUUUAUUUUCUAUUUAUAAUUUUAUGCUGUACAUGAAUCUAUGUAGCAGUGAUGGAUUACAAAGCUGCCUAAAUUCUAAAUAUCUCUGGACCUUGACGGUUUCAGCCUCUUAAUUUUUUUUACAAUGAAUACUUAGAGAUUUUAUUACAGUGCAUGUAAAAAUGAGUUAAAAUGCAUAAGUAUAAUGUGCCAUAACAGUUGUAUAUAGCUACUUCUGUGUCAAAGUAAAAGCGUCCACUUAAUUUAUUUCUUCUUAGUGUGUUUAUUUCUUUUUUACUCAUUUUCAUAAAGUGACUUUUAAAUGGCUCUAUUGAUAGUAUUUUGAAAAAAGCUUUCACUUCCUUUCCCUCGUAAAUUUGACAUUAAAAUUUAGUGCCCAGAAAGUAAACUGUAUAAAAUUAGUUUCCGAUUUUUCUCAUUUUAGUGUAAUGGAAAGCAAAUUCAGGUUCAAGAAAGAAGUAUCAUCAGGUUAACUUGAUUGAAAAUGAGUAAGAAAUACCAUUAUCAUGCCUGUGAAAAGCAUUUAUUUGUUUGAAAGUACAUUAUUCAAACUUAUUUUCAUAUUGAAACCUAUGUUCUUUCUCUGGUGAAAUUUAAACAGCAGUUUUACAUUUAUUCUGACAGGGUGCACAAAAAUGCCCAGGCACCAAAGCAGGGCAUUACCUUAAAUAAAAUUAAAUAGGAAAAAUUUCAAAAAUAAAAAUAGAAACUUUCAUUAAUUAGGAGAUCAUAUAAAAAUUUCUUUACAGCUCGUAGCUAUAACGUUAAGCUUCAAUACUGGAUGAAAUACAUGUAAAGCUGCUGGAAAUGUGUUAUUUUACAAAUGUGACGCUAAGUUCAUUAUUUUGUACAUAUUCAUUGUAAAUAAAUCAUAGUGAAUGUCAGCGUGUAAGGUAAAAAGCGUCCACACAUAGUUGACUGUUUUAAUAAAAGAAGCCUGUGUGUUCGCAGUGACUUGUGUGAUUGUACAUAGAGAAGAAUGUGUCAAAUUUUGCUUCCAUGGGCUUCAGAAUGAAGGAUUUCAACAUGCUCCUACAAAUGAUUGCCAAUAAAAAUAUAAUUUGUAAAA